AUGCCAGAAUCCCGCACUUUGUAUGAUCUUGGCCACGAUGAUGACGGCGAAAAGUGGGCCGGAGGACGACUCAGCAAUGUACUACGAGACACGCAGACCGAGGGCGUUGUAGUAGUUGCGCGCUGGUACGGCGGGCAAAAUAUCGGUCCUAUACGUUUCACGCAUAUUGAAAACAGCGCCAAGGAAGCGAUUUGGAAGUGGAAAGUCGCCGAUACGGAGAUCAAGAAAGAGCAGGCUACCAAGAAGCAAAGAGUCGACGAAGAAGCUAAGCGGGAAGAGCUGAUCAAGAACCUACAGGAAAGGGAUUACAACAUCUUUGCGCUGAGGAAGUUGUUGAGUCAGAAAAAGGCGCAGUUGCAGGAUGAGGAGCCUGCGCCACCGACGCCGCAGAAGAUGCAGGAUUAUGGGAAGAUGACUAUGGAUGCGCUGACGAGGGUGGACAAAGCAAGGGAUGCUACGAUUGCGUUCAUUUUGAAGCAAAUCGACAAGAUCGAUGAGGAGCUCAAGCUUGUGGAGGCGUUGGAGGACGGCACGCAGGGGGCGGAAGAGGAGGGCAAGGCUGGAGAGGAAAAGCCAUCGACGCCAAAGUGA